UUAAUUUCAAGUUGAAACCAACACUUAUCACAUUCCUAUCAUAACCGUAUCGUUUCUAACACUGCACAAUAGUAAUUACAACAUAGAGCUGUCGUUUACAAUUUACACGAGCUUGAGCAGGCAUGCAGCUCACGUUACGCCAUCCAAAUUAUCCCCUUUCACUACGCUAUACCUACUAAUGAUAUACAUAUAUCCCUAUUAAGGGGAAAAGGGGAGUUAAUUAUAAACUCAACAGGGAUAAACAGACAUGCAUUUACGAGAAUGGUGCAAAAUGAACGCUUACGUAAGAAAAUUAUGAAUUUUUAAUGAGCUCCACAUCCACGAAUCAUAACUUUACUUCGUGCAGAUUUAUAAUUAAUCACUAUCCAUCUAGCACUAUCUUGGUAGGUGAAAGGUUCAUUUCAGUAAAGCAAUAUUCAGUGUACGAGUGGCGGCAGCCUAGACCGGCAUGAAGCGUUUGAAACACUUUUUCAAAGUAUGGUACAACAUUCUGGUGGACUACUGCAGCAACUGCUCCCUGGCAGGACUAGGAUAUAUUGCAAGCAAAAAAUACCACUACACGGAACGGCUAUUCUGGCUCGGAUGUGUGAUGCUUUCCUGGACGGGAUCCUACUACCUCAUACGGUCCUAUAUGGAAACCUUUCACAACAACGCCGUCAGCAUGGUCAUCGAGAACAUUCAUGCUCGGGAAAAGAUCCACUUCCCCUCGGUGGGCAUCUGUGAGAUGGGAUAUGCCAAAGAAUACUAUGGUAGUCUGGAAGCCGUAAUCGAAGGGCUUAAAACGAGCGAAGACAUGGAGUACAACUACGACGUGGAGGAUUUCAUGUUAAGGGUGAUCUUUCAAAAUUUGUACAACUACGGUUCGAUCAUGUCUUACUGUGCACCGUACAAGGAUUGCGACGACUGCAUCAAAUGUCCCGUGUCUAAUUACAACCGGUUUGCAGCGAGAGUGCGGGCUACCUGCAGUCAGCUCCUGGAAGAGUGCAGCUGGAAUGGGAAGAAGUUCGACUGCUGCCAAUACUUUAAGCCCAUUCAGACUUCAAUGGGUUCGUGCUAUCUGAUGAAUUCUAUACAGUUGGUGGAGAAGGGAGGCAACAAUUGGCUUAGCAUGGAAGUUGGUCGUGGUACCGGAGCAGGUGAACUCUUGAUAAAUAUUACCAAAGCUAGUUCGGCCUACAUCCUGAACGAGGAAGACAUUCCGCACAUGCUGUUGACGACCCUUCAGUUCGCUCAAAUUCCGGAAGGCUACACUGGAACCGUAUUCUUCGCGCUUCAGAAUAUUGUAAACGAUCCCCUUGUUCAUACAGUAGAUCGCGAAAUCCGACGAUGCAUAUUUCCCGAUGAGAACAGUAAUUUCAACUAUCCCAAGUACAGUUACAGCGUUUGCGUAACUGAAUGCCUCAAGCUGGCACAGAUCAAGACGUGCAACUGCUGUCACCACAACAUGAUUACCGACGACAACGAUAAAAGCCCCAUUUGUGGCUACGAAGGCCUAUUCUGCUUGGAUCAGAAGGAUCUCAUGUUCCCACAGACGACAAUCAUGCAACCCUGGCGCACGAACGGAUUGGUCUGUCAAUGUCUACCAUCAUGCACGGAACACGAAAUACGAGUCAUCGGAAAGCAGUCCGAGAUUGAAGAUCGCAAGGGCCGCUCGGUACUGUUCAAAUUGAUUGCCCUUCCAACGCAACGCUACCGGAGGCAAAUUGUACGGGAGAAUCUGGACGUGGUAGUAUCGAUCGGUGGAAUCUUGGGACUCUUCAUGGGAGCUAGUAUUUUGAGCCUGGUGGAGUUGAUCUACUUCUUUACGGUGCGCUUCAUUUCAACUAGCUAUCAAAACAAGCACGUCGAUGAUGUCGAGGAAGAUGACGAAGAAGAUGAGGAAGACGAUGAAGAUUGAAAAUGUUUCUACAAGGCACUAUUGUUUGAAAUCUAACUGUCUAAACACCUAUGAAAAUAGGAAGAA